AUUCGUUAUUGGAAUGUACAGGUGGAGUUCCUGGUUUGUUGACUCGUGCAGUGAAUAUGCUUUUGAUUAUGUGGAAAUGAGAAAUAAGCCUUUUAUAUCGAAAGAGGAAUGUUUGACUUGUAUGAAUGACUACGAUUUCCGAAUAAUUUGUGCUGAACCAUUUAUGGAACGAAUAUUGAAUUUGGACGAAGAUAGAAAAAGUGUUUUUGAUUUACUUUUGAUGAUGGCUCUUUAUCGUAUACCGUUUCAAGUAGAUGAUAGAUUGACCUCGGAGUCCUUUUUAUAUGAUGCAGUCACUGAAAUGGGAUUAUAUCGAUAUCCUAUUGACGAAAAUACUUUUCAAGUCCUAAUUCCGAAAGUAUUUGUUGUAAUCUUCAAGAACGACCCUUCCAUAUCUUCUUUGGAAAAGAUACUUCUUGGAUCACUCGAUGUCGAACCAGUAGAUUGUUUCUUCUAUUCAAAGUGUCGUGUAUUUGAAGGAAUUGUUGCUUUACGACUAGUUUUGAUGUUGUCUUCAAAGAAUCGAAAUGAGUUGAGGGAAUUGUUGUGUCAGAUGUCUCCGAUAUGGAAACAAAUGAAACUUCCAAUCAGUACAAUAUCACCUAUUCACUAUAUCAAGUCUGUUGUUAGUUCUAGAGAAACAAGAAAUGAAUCGAACAAGAGUCGAAGAACUUUUGCCAGUACUGAAUGGAAUAAGAUUAUUCGAGAGACACUUUAUUUAGAGACUGUUUACAUUCCUUUGGACGCUACUUCUCAUAGUCCUGAUAUUAUAUUCCAAUUACAAUCUCCCGUGGAACCCAAAGUUCUUACUGUUGGAGUUGCUUGUAAAGGACGCUGGAAGUCGGAAGGAAUUGGCUGGUCAGAUAUUAUAGAUGAAGCCAAGAAAUUUUUAGAUCCUGUUUAUGAUCAAGUCUUAUCCAGUGCAGUGGAUUAUCAUCAUUGUAUGCUUAUUAUCGUUAGUACAAAGUUAUCAUUGAAUGUUUCUAAUGAGUUGGGUAAUCAAAGUCGUUGUUACUCCAGUGGAAUGUUUAUUGGAAAUGAUUCUUUCAAAGUACCUGAUAAUUGUGAACUUGUUAUUCUUUGUGAAAGAGAUGUCCAAAUGCUGAUUGACGAAGAAAUAUUGAGCGGACUUGAAAGAGCAUUUCAUGUUUCUCGUAGUCCUACUUUUUGGGAUUUUAGAUUAGAUUUACUUGUCAAUUUGCAAUAAUAUUGCAGAGUUGUAGCAAUGAUUCAAAAUGAAUAGACUAUACAUACAUACAUGUUGAUACAACUAGAACGAAAAAUAUCCUUUCUUGUCCAAAUACUUAGUAAAGUGGUUACCCAAAGA